UGGAAAUACCAACCGGAAGCACAACCCGAAACUUUGUCAGGAAUGCUAAUCUCGCGAGAUGAGCCGUAACUUUUUACCUAUUUCUCUGUUGGCUGUAAGUAUUGCGUAACAACCUUUGUAUACAGUCUAUGGUAACAACCAGGUAACACGGCGAAUAACUGAGUCUAAAUGAAAGCCGUUAUUCUCGCCGCCGGGUACGGAACCAGGCUCCAGCGGGAUGUGGCGGCCGACAGCAGCGGGAGGUUCGCCCACCUGGCCGGGACCGCUAAGCCGCUGCUGCCGGUGGGACGGAGCGCCCUGGUGUCCCACUGGGUCCACGCUCUGACCGCGUCCGGCUGCGUGGACUGCAUUUAUGUUGUUACUAACGCUGUCUACCACGCUGCAUUUGAAGAGUGGGCGUCACAUUUCACAAAUGUCAAGAUUCUCAGUGAUCAGACGAGAAGCAACGAUGGGCGACUUGGUGCUGUGGCCUGCCUGCAACUUGCAGUGAAGCACUUCAACAUAGUCGACCAUGUCUUAGUUAUUGGGGGUGACACCCUGUUCAAAGAAGACUUCAGCCUCAGUAAAGUCAAAGGGAGGUUUUCUGAGCUGCUGGCGGAGUGUGAGGACAGCUGUCUGGUGCUGUCGUACCAGUGCAAAGAGGACGAAACCCAUAAAUACGGGAUAUUGGAGGUGGACAGUGAUCUUCGCAUCCUCUGUAUGAAGGAGAAACCUCUUCCUUCUGAGACAAAGUCCAGGAGAGCAUGUCCCUGCUUCUAUGUGUUGUCAAAGAGAAGCCUUCCUCUGUUGGAUUCCUUUCUUGAGGAAAAGAAGGAGGCUCCUAUUGAUGAGAAAGAUGCCCCAGGAAACUUUGUGUCUUGGCUCAUCCCAAGGAGGCCAGUAUACACUCAUGAGAUUUCUGGGCGUUUCGAUGUUGGGAACUUGCCUUCCUAUAUCGAUUGUGACCUUUACUUCAGAGAAAAACUUCAAGAUAUCGAGUCUUACAUGGUGUAAAAGGAAACAUUUCAUUUUAAACACGGUAUUUAUUAUGCCGUGUUAAAAAAACGAUACAAAACCUGCACAAAAAAAAUCAAGAAUCUGUAACGGGGAAUCAAGAAUUGUAUCUGUAAAUAAGAUAUUAUUUGUAUGUAAUUUUCUAUUAAAAUGAUUUUUAUAUUCUCUUCAUUACAA